UCAAUGUCAAAUUUAUCUACGACCUUUCAGCUUCGUGAAGAAGAACAUCGCAUUUCUCUAUCAGGCCAUCACUAUUGUUGGUCUACCUUCAAACGCCAUUUCCAAAGCUUCAUUCAAUUUUGUAUACAUAAUCUCCAAAGGUAAAUCAAACUUUUAUCUUUAAUUAUUAUCAUUGGAAAAAAAUAAAAUAAAAUUAAGAACUCAUCUUUCUUUCGUGAACAAGAUACCUAGAUCACAAUUUUCCUAUUUCAUCCACUAAUCAACAAAACCCACAUCUCAAAAUUGUAUUUUUUUAAAAACUGUUUCAACCAAAAUUUCUAUAAUUUGUAUGAUUUUUUGGGUGGGCAGAUAUUAAAUCUAGGAUUUUGAAUGGAAGGCUUAGGUGGGUCAUCAACAGAAACUCCAAUUAGCAAGAAAUUUCAUGAAUUUUCUAGAAUUUAUCAGUAUUACUUGGAUAAAACAACUCCACAUGCAAUUCCUAGAUGGGUUGGAACAGGAAUUCUUGCCUUGAUUUAUGCAUCAAGGGUUUAUUUUGUUGAAGGGUUUUACGUCAUUACUUAUGCUCUUGGGAUCUACAUCUUGAAUCUGCUUAUUGGGUUUUUAUCUCCUUUGGUUGAUCCUGAGGUUGAAGUUUCUGAUGGACCUGUUUUACCCACUAAAGGUUCUGAUGAGUUCAAGCCCUUUAUUCGCAGGCUUCCUGAGUUUAAGUUCUGGCACUCCAUUACUAAGGCGUUCUGUAUAGCGUUUGUAAUGACUUUCUUCUCUGUAUUUGACGUUCCUGUAUUUUGGCCAAUAUUGCUUUGUUACUGGAUUGUAUUGUUCGUUCUCACCAUGAAGCGCCAAAUAGGACACAUGAUCAAGCACAGAUAUGUUCCUUUCAACGUCGGAAAACAGAAAUAUGGAGGGAAGAAAUCCGGUGCUCCUACCAGUGGUUCUCGUGCUGACUGAAUAAUCAAGCAUCGUAGGCAUUUGAGAAGUAAACGAUCAAUUCUUUUAAAGUAAAGAAAGAAGUGGCAACAUUUUGGAGAUUUCGACCAAAUAUAUAUCUUUAUUAAUUUGCGCUUUUAAAGUAUACGGUAUCUGGUUGCUAAUUUGUCGGAGUACUUGUUCUUGCGUAGUGUGGACGAUGGCCUUGUUUUUCUUGAUUUCGUCUUGUAUUCAAAUUUCGAAGCAUUUUUGCAAGGCACAUCCAUAUUCAAUUUUUUAAUCUUUGUUUCUUUACUC